AAGGCUGCGUUGACCUCCCCCCGGAUUCACCUCUAAUGAGAAGCCAUGUUUCGGUCUUUGAGACGCGUCCAGCAGUUUAACUGCAACCUCCUGACUUUACAAAGAGUCAGCGUUAACUCUAGACUGCACGUCUGCACGUCCAGAAUGGCCAGCUCGGAGUACCGGAUCGAGCGGGACACUUUCGGUGAGCUCAAGGUCCCAGCUGACAAGUACUACGGGGCCCAGACUGUCAGAUCCACCAUGAACUUCAAAAUAGGGGGACCAAGUGAGAGAAUGCCAAUCCAAGUGAUCAAGGCCUUUGGUAUCCUGAAGAGGGCUGCUGCUGAGGUGAACAAGGAGUUCGGCCUGGACCCAAAGAUAGCAGACGCAAUCAUCCAGGCUGCAGAUGAGGUUUCAGCUGGCAAACUGGAUGAUCAUUUCCCUCUGGUGGUGUGGCAGACUGGAUCUGGGACUCAGAGCAACAUGAACGUCAAUGAGGUGAUCAGCAACAGAGCUAUUGAGAUCCUGGGAGGAAAACUAGGCUCCAAGGAUCCCGUCCACCCCAACGAUCACGUCAAUAAGAGCCAGAGCUCCAACGACACCUUCCCCACCGCCAUGCACAUCGCCACAGCCACAGAGGUCCACCACGUCCUGCUGCCCGGCCUGCAGACCCUGCACGCCGCUCUGGCCGCCAAGUCCGAAGAGUUCAAAGAUAUCAUCAAGAUUGGGCGCACGCACACCCAGGAUGCAGUGCCGCUCUCGCUGGGACAGGAGUUCAGCGCUUAUGUCCAGCAGGUGAAGUACAGCAUUGAGAGGGUGAAGGCGGCCAUGCCCAGGGUGUACGAGCUGGCGGCUGGAGGCACAGCAGUGGGGACGGGACUCAACACCCGCAUCGGCUUUGCUGAGAAAGUGGCCUCCACUGUUGCUUCUCUCACAGGCCUGCCGUUUGUGACCGCUCCAAAUAAGUUUGAAGCUCUGGCGGCCCACGAUGCCCUGGUGGAGCUGAGUGGAGCGUUGAACACGGUGGCUGUCAGCAUGAUGAAGAUUGCCAACGACAUUCGAUUCUUGGGGUCAGGACCUCGCUCAGGCCUGGGGGAGCUCAUCUUACCAGAGAACGAACCAGGAAGCAGCAUCAUGCCGGGCAAGGUGAACCCCACCCAGUGCGAGGCCAUGACCAUGGUCGCCGCCCAGGUGAUGGGAAACCACGUGGCUGUCACCAUCGGAGGCAGCAACGGACACUUUGAGCUCAACGUCUUCAAGCCCAUGAUGGUCAAGAACGUGCUGAACUCGGCUCAACUGCUCGGACACGCGUCCGUCUCCUUCACCAACAACUGCGUGGUGGGCAUCGAGGCCAACGUGGAGAGGAUCAACAAGCUCAUGAACGAGUCUCUCAUGCUGGUCACCGCACUCAACCCGCACAUCGGUUAUGACAAAUCGGCCCUCAUCGCCAAGACGGCUCACAAGAAGGGCUCCACGCUGAAGGCCGUGGCCGUGGAGCUGGGCUACCUGACCGAGGAGCAGUUUGACCAGUGGGUGAAGCCCAGCGAAAUGCUGGGGCCAAAGUGAAGUCUGACAACACAAGAAACACUACGAAACGAAGAAAACACCUUUUUGUAGUCUGAGAAAAGACUACUCACAAUUAUGUCAAAGAGGUUGAACUGUAUGAAACAAACAUGGAGAUCCUGAACAUCUCAUCGCUUAAUUAAAAUUUGAGAAUUCUGUUGCUGUUGUUUGAUGCAGCUUCUUACUCUGUUUUGCAUACUGGAAUUCACCCAUUUGAAUGAGACAGUGUAAAAUGUGUGUCUUUGUUUACCAACUUUUUAAAGUCUUAAAUACUUUUUGACUAUUAGUUGGUACCUUCAGAGUAGUUCAGAUGUUCAAACUGUGCCAUCCCAAAUGAUUUAUCAUGGACUACUGUACCUUGUGUCCUUUGGUUUACAGUAUGUGUGCCAUUUGUGCAGCGUCCCAGUUCAAUUAAAAAAAAUGUAUUCAUUUAAAA